UCAGGAGGAGGGGUCCGUGCAGAGGGGAGGACAGGGAGGUAUUUAUAGGGCUGACAGGUGAGGAGCCGCAGGAAGGUUCUUCAGGGGAGGGUCAGGGAGGAGAAGACAUACAGGGCAGCAGAGCCUUAGGGGGCUGGAGGGCGCCCCCUGUCUGUCACUAUGAGGUCCCUUCAGAUCUUGUUUCUGUUGCUCCCCUUCUGCACCUCACAGCACCCCGCAGGCCGGGCACACAGUGGUGUUGAUGAGUGCGCCAUAGGUACAGACGACUGCCACAUCGACGCCAUAUGCCAGGACACCCCCACAUCAUACAAGUGUGUGUGUAAAACGGGAUAUAAAGGAGAAGGAACAGCGUGCGAAGACGUUGAUGAAUGCGACAAUGAGUACAAUGGAGACUGCGUCCACGAGUGCACCAACAUCCCGGGGAACUACCGCUGCACUUGCUACGAUGGUUUUGAGUUGACGAACGAUGGGCAUAACUGCCUGGAUGUGGAUGAAUGUCGGACGAACAACGGGGGCUGUCAGCAGACGUGCAUCAACACCAUGGGCAGUUAUGAAUGUCGCUGUAAAGAGGGCUUCUUUCUGAGUGACAACCAGCACACAUGUAUACAUCGCUCUGAAGAAGGCCUGAGCUGUAUGAACAGAGAACAUGGCUGUGCCCACAUCUGCCGGGAGACCCCCAGGGGCGGUGUGGCGUGCGACUGCAGACCCGGAUUUGAGCUCGCAAAGAACCAACGACAUUGUAUCUUGACCUGUAAUCAUGGGAACGGAGGAUGCCAGCACCUGUGUAAUGAUACGGACACCGGGCCAGUCUGCAUGUGCCACCCGAAAUACACCCUGCAAUCUGAUGGCAAGACCUGUGCUGAGAAGGAGGAAUCUGACAGUAAUUCUACAUCUGUGUCUGAGAUGGACAAGAGGGUGAAGAGACGACUGGUGAUGGAGACGUGCGCUGUCAAUAAUGGCGGGUGUGACCGGACGUGCCGGGACACAUCUACGGGCGUGCGCUGCAGCUGUCCGGUUGGAUUUACGUUGCAGUUCGAUGGCAAGACAUGUAAAGAUAUCGAUGAAUGUCAGAGCCACAACGGGGGGUGCGAUCACUUCUGUAAGAACACGGUGGGCAGCUUCGACUGCAGCUGUAAGACGGGGUACAAACUGCUGACAGACGAGAAGUCCUGCCAAGAUGUGGAUGAAUGCUCCUUCGAGCGGACGUGUGAUCACAACUGCGUGAACUACCUGGGAUCCUUCGCCUGCACAUGUGACCGGGGGUACACGCUGUACGGACUGACCCACUGUGGAGACGUGAAUGAAUGCAGCAUGAACAAUGGCGGCUGUGAGCACACGUGUGUGAAUACAGCGGGGGACUUCUACUGCCAGUGUCCCCCCCGCUUCAAGUUACACUGGAACCGCAAGGACUGUGUGGAGGUGGAGAACCUCAUAUCGGACUCUGUUCCCCAAAAGGCCGUUCUGCAAUGUAUAAAGAAUGGUGGAAGCGAGCGCUGCAUCAUAAACUGCCCUUCCCACGUCUACAAUGUUCCUGGUCUGCAGGAUUCCUACACAGUGAUUUGUGGCAAAGCGAAAAACUUGAGGUCCAAUGAAACGCACAGUUCAGAUCUUGCUGUAACUUCCACUGUUCCUGAUGACUGCCAUUUCUUAAUUACAUUCUGAACAGAGGAUAUUGACAUCUGAAAACGUUUUGCUAUCUUCUUAUAUCCUUCUCCAGCUUUGUGAGCGUCAACUAUUUUCAGUUUCAGAUUUCUAGAAAACUGCUUAGAAGAACCCGUGGUGCUGAUUGUUGGGGCAAGGUCAGAGGAGUCUGGGCAUUUAUAACCUUUGCGAUUGACAUCACCUGGUCUUCCCAGAUGAUGAUUGAGAACAAUCCAUAACACUGGCAGGUCUCAGCUGUAUAAAGGGGGCAGUG